AUGGACCAAAGGCUGGAUCUUGAAUCGGGAACAAUCCACGAUUUGAACAAACCAGCUCCAGGAAUGUGGCGGUUUCCUAAAAACCCGGCUUUGUGUUGUAUCUACAGAGUUCCAAACAGUAUGCGUCAAGUAAAUCCAGAAGCAUACACUCCUCAGAUUGUUCUCAUUGGACCUCUUCACCAUUCUUUGAAAUCUCAAGCUCUCAACUACCAUGGAGACAUCACAAACACAAAGUUAAUGAACUACUUAAACAUGGAGAGGCACAAGAAGAUCUACCUAGCGAAAUUCGCCAAAAGGGUGGGAGGAGGUGAGAAAAUCAUCGACGGUUUAAGAAGAACCAUCGAAGAAGACGAAGAGAUGAUCAGAGAAAGCUACUCGGAAUCAACGGCCUGGAUUGAGUCUCCAGAGUUCGUGGAGAUGAUCCUGCACGACUCUGUUUUCAUUCUAGAGUUCAUGUUGAGGAAUUACGAAAUUGACCCAAGCCAGAAAACAGGAGACCCUCUCAUGGACGAGCCUUGUCAAGGAAAAAUGGUCAGGAGAGAUCUCGGCUUGCUCGAAAACCAGCUUCCUUACUUCCUACUCGACAAACUCUUUGAGCCAAUAAUCCACACACUCUUCCAUCGAGACGACAUAACCUUCCGCAGAUUAGUCAUCCACUUUUUUUAUUACAUAAACAAGAUUGGAGACGACUCAACGUUCAAACACUUCACUGAUCUGUCAAGGUGUGUCCUUGUGGAGACACUCCCGGGGAAAUAUAUCACGCAUAAAAAGAUCCUUGAGCUCAACGAAAAGUAUCACGCCUAUAAGCUGUAUAAAGGGGGAGUGACAUUCAAUGCGGUAGAUGAUGAAAAAUUCUCCUUGGCUGUACUCUCCAUGGAUGUGGAAUUCAAGAAUGGUUGUUUGAAUAUACCCUGUUUCUACGUUGAUGGCCACUCGGAGAUGAAACUUAGAAACAUAAUGGCCCUUGAGCAAUGCCAUUAUCCUUACAAAACCCACGUCUGCGACUACAUCUUUUUCAUGGAUUCUCUCAUCGACACCGAAGAAGAUGUGGCCUUGCUCGUCGAGAAAGGGAUAAUAAAGCAUUUUCUUGGAGAUAUUGGUUCGGUGGCUACGAUGGUGAACAAGCUCAGUUGGGGAGUCGUCAACUUUGGCUCUUACUAUUCUGUUAUCGCAAAAGACGUCAAUAGCUACUACAAGAGCUCAUGGACCAAGUCACGAGCCGUCCUCAAGAGCGUCUAUUUCAGCAACCCGUGGAGAGGGACAGCCACAGUAACCGCUGCGUUGCUAUUGCUGCUGACUCUUAUCCAGACCGUGACUUCCGUCAUGCAGGUUCUGCAGAAGAAUAUGAAACCGUAA